ACUGAGAUGUGCUUCCUUCGCGAACCAGCUCUCCUCCUCCUCCUCCUCGUUUAUCUUUGUGAUGGGAAGUCUGUCCUCAAGGCUGACGACGAGGACCACAGAGACUCCAAAUUCCUGAACCUGUUCACUCGUAUCACCUUUGCAAAUACGAACUGCACGGGUGAGAAUGGAGACGAGGGGACAUGUUAUACUGCUAAAGAAUGCAGACUGAAGGGUGGAACCAUCUCUACAAAGCCUUGUGCACAAGGAUUUGGAGUGUGCUGCAUUUUCUUUAAGACAUGCCAGGGGUCAACAAGUGAGCAAGUCGCAUACUUCCAGAAUCCCAAAUACCCUGAACCAGAAACAGCAAGGAACAAGGCUUGCAUGUUCCAAUUAACUGUCCCUCAUAAGGACUUCUGCCAAGUCAGGCUGGACUUCGACAAUUUUGAACUAGCCGAACCAAACAUGCCAGAUGGUACAAAAUCAGCCAAAUGUAGAGACGAUGACAGCUUUGUAAUAGAAGGGGGUCAUGAGAUCAAUCCUCUCAAUUUGGACCACGUUGAACUAUGUGGGAAUAACACAGGCCAACAUUUAUAUGUUCACCUGAACACAAGUGCAGUCCCCAUCACCUUUACUCUUUUUGUACAAGCUGACACAACACCUUAUAAAUGGAAGAUCAAAACUACCAUGAUUGACUGCACCAAGGAAUCUCGUCUCAAAGAUCUUCUCGUCUGUUACUCUGGCCAAUUCAUCCUGAACUUCAAGUCAAAUGAUGAGGAUAAUGGUGACGGCCAAGGCUUCCAGCUAAAAUACAUACAGCAGCCAACGUGUGAUCCAAGUUGUUAA